AUGGCGGAGGAACUCUGCAAGCAGGACAGCAUCUAUGGAAACAUAAAGGACAGUCACCUUGGAGACUGCAGGUCAUUGCCAGCAGGCGGAGCUUUCUUCCACCCGGACGGCAAACAGGAGGACGACACUCAACCAAAUUCAGAAUGGACACAGACAGAUCUGAACUCUGCAGUCUCCGCCUUACUGUCAAAUUGUGAGGAUCACUACCUGUUCCGGUUGACGAGAUUCUACACGGAGCGACUGGAGCAGGCGAUUGAGGAGGGCGUGGAGGGAGUCGGCUUCAUGUUAACACAUGAUCAUCAUUUCAAUGAGCGGGAGUAUCACAGCGUGACUGAGCUCGCGGAGAAGGGAAACCGAGCGGGCGCUUCCAAACUCCUCCUGGAUCUGGUGAUGGAGAAGGGCACCGGAGCCCGGAGGGUGAUGUGGGAAUCCUUUGUGAAACUACACCAUCAUUUACCGAAGCUGAGCAGAAUAUUGAAUGAAAUACGGGAACGCGGUGACGGCCAGUUCGCCUACAUGGACACUGAGCGGGGUUUAUCUGAAGUGCCCGCGCGUCUGAAAGAUGUUCGACAGAAACACAUGGAGACUCUGCGGGAACAAACUGAAAAACUAAGAGUGAACACGAUCCUGAUGAGAGAGAAGGUGAAGGUUUUCCAGCUGGUCGAUCGAUACGCUGAGCUCACGGUCAUUUCUACUGUUCGAGAUCGGACACUGGUGGAACAUGAGCUGCUGGCAAGAGGCAGAGACCACGAGGAGUGGAGACAGAAACAUCUCUGCAAAGACUUGGAGAAACUCCACAUUGCUCAUCUGUUUCAGAAUCGUUACUCACAUAGUUUUCGGGAAGAAAUGAAAAGAACCUCAGGAUGUUCGGCAGCAGUGGCCGGAGUCCCGGGGAUCGGGAAAACAACAAUGGUACAAAAGAUUGUUUAUGACUGGUCCACAGGGAAAAUAUACGAGCAAUUCCAUUUUGUAUUCGUUUUCAAAUUCCGAGAUUUCAACUCCAUUAACUGCAGAAUAAAUCUGAGGGAAUUGAUUCUGGAUCAAUAUCCUUACUUUGGGAAUGUUCUGAGAGAGGUGUGGAAGAACCCAGAGGGCUUAUUGUUUAUUUUUGAUGGUUUAGAUGAAUUCAAACACAGAAUCGAUUUUGCUGACAGUCGGAGAGACACAGAACCCAAGCACCAGUGCCCAGAUCCCGAGUGGUGGUGUGAAGUGUCGGACAUUGUGUACAGUUUAAUCCAACACAAGCUGCUCCCAGGGUGUUCAGUGCUGGUGACCACCCGCCCUACUGCGUUACAUUUAUUGGAAAAGUCAGAGAUCAGCAUCUGGGUUGAAAUCCUGGGAUUUGUUGGUGAGGAAAGGAAGGAAUAUUUCAUCAGAUAUUUUGAUGAUCAGACGGUGGCAGAAGCUGUUUUCAAAUACGUGAAGGAGAACGAGAUCCUAUACACCAUGAGCUACAACCCCUCCUACUGCUGGAUCCUCGCUCUGGCACUGGGCCCCUUUUUCUCACAAAGAGUCAGUGACCCGCAGCGAGUUCCCAAGAACAUCACCCAACUCUAUUCCUACUAUAUCUACAAUAUCCUGAAAAACCACGGCCGUGAAAUUGAGAACCCCCGUGAAGUGUUACUCAGGGUUGGUCAGAUGGCCUUCAGAGGAGUGUCCGAGAAGAAGAUUGUGUUUACGGGUGAAGAUUUGAUCAACUACAAUCUGCAGCCUUCCCAGUUCCUGUCCGGGUUCCUGAUGGAGCUUUUGGAGAGAGAAAAUUCUGCCCGGAGCGUGGUGUACACAUUCCCACACCUCACCAUCCAAGAGUUUGUAGCUGCAGUCGCACAAUUCCUGACUCUACAUCCCGGCGAUAUACUGAAAUUCCUCACUGAAGCCCACAACACGACAGAUGGGCGAUUUCAGGUAUUUCUCCGAUUUGUUGCUGGUCUCUCCUCCCCAAUGACAGCUCGGGGCCUGGAGGAGUUUCUGGGUCCAUUUCUUCAUCAAACAACCUGCCGGGUGAUUGACUGGGUGAAAGAGGAAGUUAAACGCCAGAUUGGAAACGCAAGGAGUGAAGCUGGUAAAAGGAGCCUCCUGAACACAUUGCACUACCUGUUUGAGUCUCAGAAUCGUGGACUGGCUCAGGCUACACUGGGAUCUGUGGAAAAUCUUUCAUUCAGUGAAAUGUCACUGACCCCGAUUGACUGCGCGGUCCUGGCCCAUGUCAUCGGAUUCUGUGAUACGAUAAUAAACCUCGAUCUGGCUGGCAGCCACAUUCAGUGUGAAGGAAUCCAGCGGCUGGGACCCGGGCUGCACAAGUGCCAGGAUUUGAGACUUGGGCGUAAUGAACUGGGAGAUUCUGGGAUGAAACCGGUGUCGGCGGCACUAAAGAACCCGGAGUGUAAAAUAGAGAAACUGCGGCUGAGCCAUGUCGGUGUCACAGAUUCCGGUGCCAAGGAACUCACUUCCGCACUCAAUACAAACCGAUCACUUACGGAGCUGCUCCUGAGUGAAAAUGACCUGGGAGAUUCAGGAGUGAAACUGGUGUCUGCAGCUCUGAGGAAACCGGAGUGUAAAAUACAGAAAUUGGGGCUGGAGAAAGUCGGUCUCACAGAUUCUGGUGUCGAAGAUCUCGCCUCCGCUCUCAGUACAAACCCAUCAAUGACGGAGCUGUACCUUGGUGAUAAUAAGCUGAGAGAUACCGGAGUUAAACUGAUGUCAGUGGGUUUGAGGAACCCGGAGAGUAAUUUACAGAAACUGCGGCUGGAGAGAGUCGGUCUCACACAAUCUGGUGCCAAGGAUCUAGCCUCCGCUCUCAGUACAAACCCAUCACUGACGGAGUUGCAACUGAGUGAUAAUGAACUGGGUGAUUCAGGAGUGAAACUGGUGUCUGCGGCUCUGAGGAACCCGGGGUGUAAAAUACAGAAACUGGUGCUGGACAAUGUCGGUCUCACAGAUUCUGGUAUCGAGGAUCUCGGCUGCGCUCUCAGUACAAAUUUAUCACUGACGGAGCUGGAUCUAGGAUGGAACUCUCUCACAGAUCGAUCUGUCCCCGGUCUCCGCCGCCUCAUACUGACUCUCCCCAGUCUGGUAUGGAUCCGGAACCUGCUUCAGUCUCGUGCUCCGCGAAAAGAGAAGCGAUCCCGCAGCCGCAGUGACGUAAUUCAGCCUCCUGUCCAGCAGAGGCGCUGUUUCCGCCGGUUAUCCGCUUUCGAGACUCCCUGCGUGAGAUGGGGAAUUACGCGUGGAUGGCGGUUUUCAGUCUGGGACGCCAUUGAUGACAUUAAGAAAACCCUCGACUUUAUCUUUGAAGUGGUGAACACCCUGAAGUCUGAUGUCGUGCAAAUCAAUGGGCCUUGUACGGACCACGAAAAGAGGCUGUGGUUCGCCGAGGACCUGACUGCAGCUGAUAAGUUAGCCCGACAGAAGCUGUGGCCGCUGGUGGAGGCGACUAGAAAAGAUGGGAAGCGUGCUUUGUUUGCUGGUACUCGAGCUUUCAUGAUGGAAAAGAGAUCCGAGCAGAACGGUAACAUGUUGGUGUGGCAACUGGUCUACUAUCUCUGCUAA